UAAUUGUUGUGAUAAACUUAUUAAAUAGACAACCAAUGGCAGAAAACAUUUUAAAACGAGUGUUUUUGGAUUCGUCCAAUGCGAAAACUGCCAAGCUCUACCAAACUGGCUGUAGAACAUCUGUUAUCAGCUUUUCCAACUUCUCCGAUGCUGUCAAGCUGCAAAGCAGAGCAGUGACUGAGACUUAUGCAGUAGCCGAAAGUCAAUCUGAAGUGUCACUGAACUUUGUCGGCCGAACAUCGAGAGAAACAAGCAAAGCUGAAGCAUUCGCCAAAGAUGGCUCAGCUUAUGUGGUUCACACAGUUUCAGAAACUAGCGGAGACAAAACGGACUAUCUGGAGUUCUGGAGCAGUGAAGGGGGUGUUGAAGUGUUCAACAUGUCACUGAUGAAGAAGCAUGAACAGAUUGUUAAUGGGGACCAGUUCAGUGGAAUGGGUGGGUUAGCUCUGGGUGGGGCUCUGAACGAGAGAGUAGUUUACAUUGCGGAGAAGAAACGGCCUGAGAAAUACUUGCAUUAUGGAAAGGGCGAUUGUGCUUCCGGUUUAAAUGAAUUCCAAAUCAAUGACUCUUGGGGCGAGGGAUUUAGUGAUGUAACAAAUACAGACGUCUGCAUUUUUAACAGAAGUUCAAAAGAAGUCACAGUGCUGGACCUUCUUGACUCCAGAUACGAUUAUUGUUCGCCAACUUGGAUCUCAGAUGACACCAUUGCAGCGAUAGGAUACAAGUGCCACGCGUUCAAGUUGGGAGUGCUUUAUAGUAACAAUAGAGAAAGUGACCUUUUUGUCGUAAAUCUGACUACAAAAGAAGUUGCAUGCCCUUCAAAAAACUAUAGACCAAGUUGCUACAGUUGGGUUAUAGGAACCCCAGAUUCCAAAAGUUUGGUUGCAGUCGCAAAUGAUCCAAUGGGACCUCAUAUGCAGUUUAAAGCAAUCGUUAAAUUUGAUUUGAACUCCCAUGAUGUAACUUCAUUUGGAAAUUUUGCCAUAGAGUCUAUUCCGAGGCAUCCUUGGAUCACAGCAAACACUUUUUGUGUGAACAUAUAUAGAAAGUCGCGAUUAGUUCCUGAGACUUUUAACAUCGAAACCUCUGAAGUCAUAUUUAUAGGUGCUGAUUGCUCAAGUUAUGAUAAAUGCUCCUUGAGAGUACUGGAUUGUUUCAAAAACCUACUAGUUCUUGCAAAAUCUUCAUUCUCGGAACCCGAAAAAUUAGUGUUAUGUUCGGAUUUGGAGAAAAGUGCAUUCAGUGAAAGUCUGCUGCCAACUAAAACGACUGAUUACGAUUUCUUUGUCCGAACAGUCGAGUAUGAGACUAAAGGAUAUUACUUGGUGGGUCCCAAGGACCAAUCAAAACCUCGACCUUGUAUUCUGUUCAUUCACGGAGGCCCACAUACUCUAUUCGUCAACUACUUUGACAAGAAUGUUGCGUUUUUUGUUGAAUUGGGUUUCAACAUUGUACUGGUCAAUUACACGGGAUCGUUAGGGUUUACAGAAGAGUCUUUGAAAUCCCUGGGCGGUCAAGUUGGCUCGUCAGACGUGUCAGAUUGCUUCAAAGCUCUUCAAGCGGCUCUGGAUUGUCCAGAUUGGAAGUGUGAUCGCGCAAGACUAGCAGUCACAGGCGGAUCGCACGGAGGGUUCUUGUCGCUACACAUGAUUGGUCAAUAUCCGGACACUUUCAAAGCUUGUUCAGUCAGAAACCCAGUCACUAACAUUGGGUCUAUGCUUGGAGUCACUGACAUUCCCGAUUGGUGCGAGUUUGAGGCCUCUGGAACCCAAUUUGAGUUCAACAAAGUCAGUGACCCGGAGUUCUACAGCAAAGCUUGGUCCAAGUCGCCCAUGAGUCAUGUUCAUAAAGUGAUCACGCCUACUCAGGUGCAUUUGGGAUUGAAAGACAGAAGAGUUCCUCCUUCCCAAGGACGGGAGUAUUACCACGCCCUUUUGGGCCAGGGUAAGGCGAAGACGGUGCUCUACGAAUAUCCGGAAGACUGCCACCCGCUUGCACUGCCUAAAGCUUCAACUAAUUUCUACUUGGAAACUUACAGAUGGUUUAUAAAGCACUUGGAACUUGAUCGUUUCUUAACAUGAAAACUACAUCUUAAUCAUUUUGAUAAAAAUUAUACCCAAGAGUUUUGAGUUUAUUUUGACUUCA